CCUGUUCCUGUAGCACUUCCGGGUUCUAAUGUUUACAACCGUGAGCGGCGCCGCAGCUGUUCCGUCCGUCUAUCUCAUGAAAAACCUCCUGAAACGUUCGGAAAACAUUAUAAAAACAUCAUGUCCUUCAGGCGUGCGGGCGUUUAGACCGACACGUGAGCAGGCGGCAGGACGCCGUCAUCGGGAUCAGCUGCUGAGAGUCUAAAAGUUGGGGAAAAAAUAAACCAUGAAGAAGAAAAGCAGACGAGGUCCGAGGUCCAACAGGACGGCGAAGACGGCGAGCAUCAGCGAGGCGAAGAGGCCGCCCGGAAACAGAGGGAGGCCUCGGAAGACCGUCCCCGUAACCACGGACGGUUUCUACCACGACAACGCCGCAAAAGACGAGACGGCGGACGUGGACUUCAGUGUGACGGCAGCUGAGGACGUGCAGAAACAUCCAGAGAGCAAGUCUAAAUCUUCAGCAGGCAGACUGUCAGCCGCCGUCUGCCGGCUCUGCCACGGGAAGUUCUCUCCUCGCAGCCUGCGACACGCCUUCAACACGUGGCCUCAGGACUCCAUCGAUCUCCUCGACGACGAGUCAGACGCCGCGGCCCAGUCGCCGCUUUUAUUCCACACGGACUUCCAGCGACUGGUCGGCGUCCGGUUGGACCGAGAUCCACGAUUGUCUGAGUUCAUCUGCAAGAAAUGCCACGCCAAGUUCUACAAGUGCCACAGCAUCCUGAUCAGGUUUCUGCAGAGGGUCAACCUGCCACCGGUCGGGAAAGAGAGCGUGAAAGGCCGGAAGAACGCAAAGUGUCCAGAGUCCUCAGCGAACCACGGAUCAGCAGCGCCACCAUCUUUUACCUCAGACCCAAAGUGCCUCCACAGUUUGGUGUCCUGGGCUCACCACCACGGAGAGGCCUGCCGUUCCUGCCCCGACCUGAAGGAGGUGCUGGAGGGUCAGUGUUGGGGCUCCGUUAAGGCCGUCUGGGGUUGCGUUGACGGUCACAGAUACACCAUGGACACUCAGUGCACAGCGGCGGCCAACCCAGCGUACGCGAUGAACUUUAGCGGCGGAGCGUUAGGGAGCGGGAAUGGUGACGGCGUGAUGUCGGAGGAGGAGGAACAGGAGGAGGAGGAGGAUGAAGAGGAGCAACCUGGUGGUGGAAAUGGAAGGACAACAGCAGGAGGUGUAAGCGCUCCAGCUCAGACUCACUGGAGCAGCAACACUGAAGAUUUUCAAGGUCAUGAGGAGGCGCUGUCUCCUGCUCCGGUCCAGCUGGAGGACAGGACGGCUGACAGCGAUCUGUCCGACAGGGUGAUCUCCGAGGACGACUUUGACGUGGGUAGAAAAGGUUUAUCAGACGACGAGUUGUUCGAGCCGUUCUCGGACAAGAGACCUCGCAGGGUGAGCGUCCCCAACAAGAGAAGAAGAAACCCGAAGGCGUCGGAGGAGCCAAAGAUCAAGAAGAAACCUGGACCCAAACCGGGCUGGAAGAACAAGUUCAAACCCAAAGGAGAGGAGCUGCCAAACAUCUACAAGUGUCCGUAUCAGGGCUGUACAGCCGUCUAUCGAGCUCCGGAUGGUUUGAAGAAGCACAUCAAGGAGCAUCACGAGGAGGUGAGGGAGCGACCGUGCCCUCAUCCCGGCUGCAACAAGGUUUUCAUGAUCGACCGCUACCUGCAGCGACACGUCAAGCUCAUCCACACAGAGGAGAGGAACUACAUUUGUGAUCAGUGUGGACAAACCUUCAAACAGAGGAAACACCUUUCAGUUCACCAGAUGAGACAUUCAGGGGCAAAACCACUACAAUGUGAAGUGUGCGGCUUCCAGUGCCGCCAGCGAGCGUCGCUGAAAUACCACAUGACCAAACACAAGGCAGAGGCCGACUUGGAGUUCGCGUGCCUGAUGUGCGGGAAGCGUUUCGAGAAAGCUCACAACCUGAACGUCCACAUGUCGAUGGUCCACCCGCUGACUCAGGCCGAGGCUCAGAGAGGAGGAGGCGGCCAGCAGCAGCAGCAGCAGCUACAGCAGCCGCUGUACUCUGACCUGCACACCAUCACUCUGACCGGGGAGGUGGUUCAACAGGACCACGACAGAUGACGGCAGGGAGUCCAGGUCCAAGUCUGCUGCACGGGUAUAUAGACUCUGUGGGACUGGGACCACCUCAAACCAGAUGUACUGUAGUUAGUUUGGACACGUUCAUCUCUGGGUCAAACUGUUGCCUUCAGCAUGAAUGAACUCUUUAUUGGAUAUUUAUCAAUCUGCCGGACAGAUCUGCAGUUUACGAUUCAUCCAGAAACGAGUGUUUCAGUGUCGUCUUCUCACCACAAGUUCAUCUUUAAGCUUCUUUUUGGGGGAAGCGUGUUUUCAAUGGAAAGUCAGACAGUUCGAGUAUACACGACUUUUGCCUUACUCUAUAAACAGAGCUCCUUAAAUCUGACACACUGGCCUUUAAAACCUCUCAGUGAGUUUUAUAAAAGUAAAAUUCAUGUUAAAGUUGUUGUUGGAUCACACUGAAUUGUUCAAGAGGAUUCUUAGCAUGUUAAAUAUCAGGAAACCUCCAGGUAUACAGGACUAGGUUUAACCCGAGUGUUCAUCAGCCAAUAGAAACAUACGACACUCACCUUAACGUGUUGGAGGUCGUGUAUGUUUUGAACUGGCUGGCUUUCCAUAUUUUUUUCCUUCAUGUUUAACAUUAACCAACGCUGACACUCAUCCUGAUGUCAGAAGAUUUUUAGAAAAGUUAUCUUUUGGUUUUAAAGUUUUAAUCCGCAAGAUUAAAACGUCGUGUUACAGUACGGCAAACCGAAGAGCGAUCUGUUGUAUCGUUUCACGGCGCAGACAGACGAACUGAAGG